GACUCCUGUCGUCCAAUGAGAGUGCAGGUUAUUCUGAUCCUGACCAAUCUUCUGCCACGGUGGAUGGGCCGUUAUGAAGAUGCAUUUGGUGAUGAGGGGGGCAUGUGGAGCCAACUGUUGGGACAGAAAAGCUUCUCGCUGAGUCCAAAGUUGGGCAGUCUUCUUGUAAACAUGAUAUCCGUAUCUUGCAUUUUGGCGCUCGGGUUGUUUUCGUCUGCGCUGGGCACAGACUUCCACGAGGGAGAAAACGUGUCAGAUUUGAGGAGGCUGCAGACGGAGUUCGGUAGUGAUGAGGAGCGACAUAGUUCAGAGAAGUCGGAGCUCUCGAAACGCAGCGCUGGACUGAAUGAACAGACAUGUACAGCUCUGCAUGGAGUGGAGUCAACCCUGCAGAACAGCACCCACUCUUUCACCUUCAAAGUGAGGACCAUGGGUUCACUGUCGCUGGCCUGGGUGGGAGAUGGUUCGGGGGUGCUGCUGGUGUUGACUACAUUUCAGGUGCCGUUGUUCAUGAUGCGUUUCGGCCAGUCUAACCUCUACAGGAGUGAAGACUAUGGGAAGACGUUCAAAGAUGUGACUCACCUGAUCAACCACACCUUCAUCCAGAGCGAGUUCGGCAUCGCCAUUAGUCCCGACCACUCUGGCAAGGUGAUGCUCACUGGAGAUGUAUCAGACAUCGGGGGGUUUAAACUCUUUCGCUCACAGGACUUUGGCAUGACCUUUGUUCCAACCAACCUGCCGUUUGAGCCCCUCAUUCAGAUGAUGUACAACCCUGGAGACUGCAAUGCACUUGUGACGCUCAGCAUCAUGUUGGACCUGUGGCUGUCUGAGGACUUUGGUGCCACCUGGAGGAAGAUCCAUGACAGUGUUUGUUUGGUCAGAUGGGGUCCAAAAAACAGCAUCUACUUUACAACAAACUACAAUGGAUCAUGCAAUGAAAAAGGAAUGUUAGAGUUAAGGAAGACAGCAGACUAUGGUCGAAGUUUCCAGACCAUCGCAACAAGAGUUUUCUCCUUUGUACUGGGAGGGCGCUUCGUUUUUGCCUCCAUCAUGACUGGCACGGGUACAGAGCGUAUGAUCCACGUGUCAGUGAACGGAGGUGAGGUGUGGAACAUGGCUCAACUUCCUACAGUCAACCACGAGCAGUUCUACUCCAUCCUGGCAGCCAAUCAGGACAUGAUAUUCAUGCAUGUGGACGACCCUGGAGACUCUGGUGUUGGAACCAUCUAUGUGUCAGAUGACAGAGGAGCCGUGUUCUCUAAGUCUCUGGAGCGCCAUCUUUACACGACCACAGGAAGCGACACCGACUUCACUGCCAUUACUUCACUCAGGGGCGUCUACAUGACCAGCGUACUCACAGAGGAUGGUGCAAUGGAGACAGUGAUCACUUUUGACCAAGGAGCAAAAUGGCAGACGCUGCGCAGACCACAGAACAGCCACUGUGACACUGAGACCUCCACCAACAGGCCUAACAAAUGCAGACUUCAUAUCCACGCCUCCUACAGCACCACCAUGAAGAUGAACGUCCCCAUGCUGCCUCUCUCACAGCCCAGUGCUGUGGGCCUCAUUCUGGCCCAUGGCAGCGUUGGAGAAGCAGAGUCUGCUCUCUCCCCUGAUGUGUACGUGUCUGAUGACGGGGGCUACUCGUGGCUGUUAGCUCUCAGGGCCCCCCACCAUUAUGCUAUAAUGGACUCUGGAGGGCUGCUGGUGGCUGUAGAGCACACCAACUCACCUGUCAAUCAGAUCAAGUUUUCUACAGACGAGGGGCAGUGUUGGCAUACGUAUAACUUCACCAGCGACCCGCUUCACUUCAGCGGUAUGGACAGUGAGCCGGGCUCUCGCUCCAUGAACGUCAGCCUGUGGGGCUACAGGAACGACUUCAGUAAAUGGGUGGUGAUCACCAUAGACUUCAGGAAGCUCCUCACCAGAGACUGUACUGAGGGGGACUACGUACAGUGGCUGGCUCACUCUGCAGACCCCAGUGGAUCUAAUGAUGGCUGUGUGCUGGGCUAUAAAGAGACCUUCUUACGCCUGAGGAAAGACUCUGUCUGCUGGAACGGGAGGGACUAUGCCGUCACAAAGAAGCUGUCACCCUGUUCAUGUACAAUGGACGAUUAUCACUGUGACUUUGGAUAUUACCGGCCAGAGAACAGCUCAGAGUGUGUGGAGCAGGAGGAGAUGAAGGGUCAACCUCUGGAGUUUUGUUUAAAUGGGACCACCGAACAGCUACAGACCAGCGGAUACCGGAAGAUUCCAGGAGACCUGUGUAAGGGAGGUUUCCAGCCAGAAAGGAAGGAGACAGACCUGAGGAGGAUGUGCACCAGCAACGCCCUUCAUCCAAAUUCUCUGACUGAAAUCAGUUCACCGAACACCGCUGUCAUAGUGAUGGUUGUCAUAGCGAUGCUUCUGACGAGUGCUGUUGCAGGGGUUUGGCUGGUUAAGAAAUACGUCUGCGGAGGCCGGUUCCUCGUGCACCGAUAUUCAGUUAUGAGGGAGCAUGUUGAGGCUGAUAAAAUAGAAGGAGUGGAUGAUAUUGACCCUCACUACAUGGAAACAGGAAAAGCACAGUACAACGAAGACUCAGAUCAGGACCUCUUAGAAUAAGGUGGACAUUUCUCUCCUCUCAAAGGCUCUUCAAGGCUAAAUUUAACGCAGUCUUUCAUGAUGCCUGGGUACUCCUGUUGCUCCCACAUGCCGAUUACCAUCUUUUUUUUUCCCACUUCUUGCUAUCCCCUGGUGGCUGGAGGACUCGGCAGCAACUCACAUUGCUUUCUUGUACCAGGCUCCAACAAAAAGGUCGAACCGGUGGUUUUGGGGAGGGGAGACAACCCCAGCACAAAACAGAAGAAAGCCGGGGGUCCCUGGAGAGCUUUUGUUGUUUCUGUCACAAAGAGUUCUGCUAAGACCACGGAGUUUCAUACUGACCUGAGAAAAGAUGGCCUUUCAUAUCGUGAUGCACUGCAGAAGCACAAUACAGAGGCUAGAUAUAGAGGCUUGCUGAACAUUUUACAAAAUAAGCGUUAGGAAACAGCCAAGCAACAAAAUACAGAAAAUAAUAAUCAGUAGUUUAGUCUGCUGUCAGUUAAGUAGUUUUUGUACACUUUUGUAAACUUAAAACUUGCAAGAUCCAGUCCUGUUGUGCAUGGCGGCCAUUUUAACAUUAAUUUUGUCAGCUUCACCAGUCACUAAAAUUAGGCUAGACUACUCACUAUGAGUUACUAAUAGUCACGAGUUCUUUAGAAAUGAGCACUUUUCAUUUGAAUACUGUAGCUGCUUCUGAGCGCAGUAGUGCCUCCUUUAAUGUUGCUGGUCACUAUUGUCUGACUCGUGCUGUUAUUUUAAUCAAGUCAUGCACUUUAGAUACAAACCUUUCAGUACACUAUCAUAGUUUUUUUUUAUGACAGCAAUAACGUUUUAAUAGAGACUGUUGCCUCUUAUUUUAUACCACUUCACAGUUUUAAUUAUUAUGAAAUAGUUUUAUAUUGGUAGACGAGUCAGACUAUAAUGUAAUAGUAAGCAGAACAUACAAGAGCAAAUACUUUUUUUAGAUAGUAAAAGACAAAUUAGUGGCUAGUGCUUAUUUUAGAAGAACUUGUAAUGAUAAUAACAAGAGGAACAAUAAAAGAAGUCAAUCCGAGUCUUUGAGUGCCUUGUGAAACUUUUGGAAUUGGAAUAAAUGUUAAAAGGGCCUGCUAUUGUUGUGAAGACAUAAAAAUGCAAACUCAUUUUCUUUUUAUAGUGCAGCUUUAUACAAGCAAUAUUUUCUACUCCCCUGUAUGUGUGGUUAAAAGACUUGAAUUAUUGCCAAAGCACUUUUAUUGUUUAGUUUUCUAAUUGUAGAGGUGAGGUUGUAGAGGUGAAACCUAACCUUAGCCCAGCAUUAUUGUCCUAAAGUAUGAAGGUAAUGCUAAUCCCAAGCCCUUUACUUGAACUUUUUGAUUGUUAUGCUUAACAGGGUGCACCAAUAUGUUGCUGUUGUUGUGUUUUAAAUAUUUCUUUGUUUGUUUUUUUAUUUGGCUGAUAUUUUCCCUUCAUCAGCCAAUACCAAUAUGCAUUUGUCCAACCAUCUUAAUGCAGGUGCAGGUAUAAUCAUCAAGAUAAUCAAUUGUUAUUAGAAACCAUGUUUCUGUUACUAAUAUUACAGCAGAAAAUUGAUAUUAGCAGUACAAACAUUUCCAGACUUAUACUGAUACUGCUUUUUUAAAGCUAUUAUUAGCCAGUCUUCUCAUAUAUUGGUGCAUCCCAACUUAAUUAUUCCACAGAUUUUGCUAAAUAUAAACAAUAACAGAACUAAUUUAUCAAAUGAAUGUGUCUGGUGGCCAUAAAAAGCAUAAAGGUUAUUAAGUUAAUUGAGUUGCAUCUUGUUUUACGAGUUGUUGAGAUAAUAUGUAAGAACUGUAACUUUUGACACGUGCAGGGCUUAUGGCUAAUGCUUGUGUUCUCCAGCAGAGUCAAUAAUAUCCCAGCGAAUAAGCUAUUGUAAUAAGCUGGCCUAAUAUAGAGGCAUAUUCUCAAGGACUGUUGGGUGCACUUUGUCAGAUAUGAAAGCAAAUUCAAAUGCUUGAUGCUUCUUUAUUUACACAACUGUCAGUAAGAACAAGCCCAGAUAUUUACUGAAUUCAAUGAGUUAUUUUUGCACUGUAUCUACAGAUCUGUGAAAAAGUUGCAUUUGUGCCUCCUUGUUCAUCUCAUUUUUGUUAGGUAUUCGGGCCAUGAGUUGUGAUCUUCAUUCCCUCUUGUUUUCCUAACUGUUGGCUAGAAUAUCAGAGAUGAGUAUCUCUGAAUAAAACUAUUCUGUAGCACAAAUGUUUUAUAACAACGUUGGCAUUUAUUGAAUGAAAUCACAUGAUCCGUUCAGUCGUGUUCGGGUUUUGUUAAUGCACACUUUCUAUAAAUGAAA